AUGGCUGACCUCAGAUGGGUACGACUCUCCACCGAGAAGCCCACCAACACCCUCUGCCUCCUGGACACAGAGCUCUCCCUGGAUGUCUGCGGGUCAGCCCCUCCGGGGGCCACGUCCUUCGACGUCUGGGGGACGCCUGGGGUCAACAUCUACAUCAUCCACAACGCGGAGGUCUUGAAGGUGCCCUCCUGCGUGCCCAGGUGGCCGCUGGACACCCGGGUGGAGGUCAUCGUGACAAUGGACACCCCGAGCGCACAAGUGGACGACGACAAGGUCAGAAUUUCAUACUACAAGGAGAACGGGAAGGCGCCCAUGGCCAAAGCCAUCCUCCAGCUCACCUGCGUCCAAGUCUCUCUGGAUGCUGACACGACGCGCACAGGAUCCGUCACCAGAAGGGCCAAAAACAAGAAAACCUGGACCUGGGGCCCAAACGGUCAUGGAGCCAUCCUCUUGGUCAACUGUGACAGAGAUGACCCCGAAGCAGAAGACAUGGACAACACUGACCAGGAACUGCAGUCCUUCAUGGACCGCAGGGACAUGUCACUCAUGGUCUUGACCACCCGCGGACCAGACGACGCCUUUGAGGACAACCAGCUUGUUCUUCACAUCUCAGCCUCAGACAGCAACAAACUGGGUGUCUUCCAAGCUCAAGGGAAAAAGAAGCUGAGCCAACACAAGCAUGUCCUGGGAUCCGGGAAGAUCUCCUACACGGUCGAACGCAGCAGCGACCAAACGGAGAGCGUCUUCUACGUGGAAGGCUUGGCGUUCCCAGACGUCAACUUCUCCGGACUGGUGUCCGUUCAUGCCACGCUCUUGGAAGCCACCUCCAAGGCCUUGCCCGAGGCUCCCAUUUUCACCGACACCGUCGUCUUCCGGGUCGCGCCAUGGAUCAUGACCCCGAACACCUUGCAGCCCAUAACAGUUUACGUCUGCAGGACAGACGACAACAGCGAAUUUGUGGCGGAUGUGAGCAAACUCACGCUGAAAGCCGGAUGCAAACUGAGCAUCUGCCCAGAAGUGGAAAACCGGGGCGACCGCUGGAUCCAGGACGAGAUGGAAAUUGGCUAUGUGCAAGCCCCCCACAAGUCCUUCCCGGUGGUCUUCGACUCCCCCAGGAACCGAGGGCUGAAGGACUUUCCAUUCAAGAGUGUUCUGGGCCCUGACUUUGGUUACGUGACGCGGGAAUCGGAGGACCGAAACGUCUCUGGCUUGGACUCCUUUGGGAACCUGGAGGUCAGUCCUCCCGUGACGGUCAAGGGCAAGGAGUACCCCUUGGGCCGGAUCCUGAUCGGAAGCGCCUUCCCUUGCCCCAGCGGCAAAGAGAUGGUGCAAGUGGUCCGGGAUUUCCUCUACGCCCAACAAGUCCAAUCUCCCAUCGAGUUGUAUUCCGACUGGUUGUUCGUUGGACAUGUGGACGAGUUCCUGACAUUCGUCCCAGCCUCCGAUAGAAAGGGUUUCCGGCUUUUACUGGCCAGUCCCAGCGCCUGCUUCAAACUGCUGCGGGAGAAGGAACAAGAGGGCUAUGGAGAUGCCCUGAUGUUCGAAGGAGUGAAGGACAAGAAGAAAGUCUCCAUCAGCAAGAUCCUUGCAGACAAAUCCUUGAGGAACAACAAUGAGUAUUUCCAGAAGUGCAUAGACUGGAACCGAGACAUCCUUAAGGAAGAGCUGGAGCUGGCGGAGGAAGACAUCAUUGACAUCCCGCAGCUCUUUUCUCCAAGUUACGCUGGCAAGGCUGUCGCUUUCUUCCCAGACAUGGUGAACAUGCUGGUUCUGGGGAAACACCUGGGCAUCCCCAAGCCGUUCGGCCCGAUCCUUCAAGACCAAUGCUGCCUCGAGGAGGAGGUCCGCUGCCUCCUGGAGCCGCUGGGCUUGUCCUGUGUCUUCAUCGACGACUUCAAGACGUACCACGUCAAUCUUGGAGAGGUCCACUGCGGCACCAACGUCCGCCGGAAGCCUUUCACCUUCAAGUGGUGGAACAUGACCCCUUGAAGAGAGCGGGGUUCCCGACCGACCCGCUUGCUCGCACUUUCCACGCGGGCGAGGAAGGCGCCGAAAAGAGCUGCUGUGUAGCUUCUGCCUCUUCUGGACAUUAUGAAUCACAACAAUCCAAGGGAACCGCACUCGUUCCUCCUCUCGGUAACACAUGAAGGUGCUUGCUAGACUUGACUCCGCUUGCCGCCUUUGACUCCCUUUCACACUCCUGGUCCUAAAGCCAGUUACGGACGUCCACCAUUUCAUGCCCACAAUGGGUCCACCAUCUUCUGUGCUCCAUCGCCGUCUUGCGGUGGUUCCUUUUAAGACUUCAUUCUCCCAACCAGCCCAAAUGAACAGACCCCCAAGGACAAAUUCAAGCCAAUUCACAACAGGUGAAGCUCACCAAUGAUCUCUUGACCGUCCAUAAAGAUGGCCGUUGACCAGUGUCUCAGGCCUAAGAGAAGGAUGGAC